UUAAGGGGAGAUCACUGCGUGGAGAUUGAUAUAAUAGUGGUGUUCAACUUACAGCAUGCGCAUUAUAAAAUUUGUAAUUUCAAGUGCAUUUCCUAAAUCAAAUAUAUAUCAUCAUUCACUGCGAGGAAUGUCUUCAGCAAGUAAAAGACGUAAACGUUUACAAAGGAAAAGUGAAAGGAUUGUUUGGGUUGACUUGGAGAUGUCUGGAUUAGAUGUUGAUAAAGAACAUAUCUUAGAAAUGGCAUGUCUUGUCACAGAUGCUGAUCUGAAUAUCAUUGCUGAGACAGAGGAUUUGGUGAUACAUCAGCCAGAUAGUGUACUUGACAAUAUGGGUGAAUGGUGUACAAAACACCAUGCAGAGUCUGGGUUAACAGAAGCUGUGAGAAAUAGUAAGAUAUCUUUAAGUGAUGCAGAAAAAGAAAUGCUUGACUUUAUUAGGGAACAUACAACAGGGAAAGCACCUUUAGCAGGAAACUCUAUACAUAUGGACAAAUUGUUCCUGGCAAAAUACAUGCCAAAGUUUACAGAUUAUUUACACUAUAGAAUGAUUGAUGUUAGUACAAUCAAGGAGUUGUCAAGGAGAUGGUAUACCAAAGAAUUUUCAAAUGCACCAAAGAAACAAUUAUCACACAGAGCUUUAGAUGACAUUAAAGAAAGUAUAGAAGAACUAAAAUAUUAUAGAAUGAAUGUGUUUAAACCAGUUGUGGACAGCGAUGAAGUUAGUUCAGGCGAAGAGACUGGGGAAAGUUCUUCUGAGGAAAAGAAGUCAAAAAUAGCAUAGUUUAUUCUGUAUGAUAGGUUGUGGAUCACUAAUUGUUUCAGGACAGGAAGUUAGUUUAUGUAUAACUUACUACACUGUUAAACGUCUAAUGUUCAAACCGGAAAGAAAGAGGAAAAUAUUCAACUAAUAGUGUAACAUUGUAAAUAAGAAGAAAUUUCUUUGCCAGUUAUAACUUCAAUUGGUUAAAAAGAAUGAAGGACUUUGUAGUUUGAUUAAGAAAAGGAACUAAGUGUUGAUAGUUCUUCAUAUAUUUGAUCAUCUGGAAGGGAGACUAUUGUCUGUCAGUCUGUCUUGAAAUAUGAAUCUCUUGAGGUCAAAGAAACAUUAAUUUAAGCUCAGUUGUUGAAACUUUGUGUAUGAAUAUAUAACAAUAUGGAGAAAUUUGACAUUAUGUAAUUGAUUUUAUUAUGCCCCCGCCAUAAAAUGGCUUGGGCAUAUAGUGUUACCCUGUUCUGUCCUGUCAUCAUCAGUUUCCGUUCAUUAUCUUAGUAAUGUUUGUACACAUUCAACUCAAAUUUGGCAUAUGGAUAUGUCAAAGGAAUGCGCAGGUCAAGUUUGUAUUUGGUCAUGGUUUGAUGAGUUUUGGCAGAGUUAUGCCCCUUUCUCUUUGAAAAUAAUAUGAAAUUUUCAGUUUCUGUUCAUUAUUGCCCAAACGGUAUUACACAUUUAACUAAAAUUUGACAGAAGGAUUUGUUAAAGGGAUGCACAGAUGAAGUUCGAAUUUGGUUAUGGUUCGAUGAUUUUUGGAAGAGUUAUGCCCUUUUCACUUUGAAAAUAAUAUGAAAUUUUCAGUUUCCGUUCAUUAUCUCCCCAACAGUAUUACACAUUCAACUCCAAUUUGACAUAUGGAUACGUCAAAUGAAUGCGCAGGUCAAGUUCAAAUUUUGUCAUGGUUUGAUGAUUAUUUUGCAGAGAAAUGCCCCUUUAAGUUUGAAAAAAAAAAGGAAAUGACGGAAGGACAGAAUGACAAACAGGGUAACACUAUAUGCCCCAGCCAUUUUAUUAUGCCCCGAAAGGGAGGCAUAUUAAAAUUGCACCGUCUGUAUGUUCGUCUGUCUGUCCGUCCGCACUACCGAUAGGGAUAGGGGGCCAUCUAACUGUAAACAGAACAAAGGAGAACAGUAGAAUUCAUUCCGUAACAACAGAAUAAGGGGCCAUGGCCCUCUAUUAAACAAAAGAAAAUGACAAUAGAAAUGGCCCUUUAUCCCUAUUUGGUCGGAUGUCCGUCUGUCUGUCCGUACAAACCCAGAGGUACUUGUGUGACUUGGAGAACAAUGGGUAAAGGUACAUUUCCUUUGAUCUUAUUCAUUCCGUUUUUACUUGUGUGUCUUUUUUUAGGCCUUGUGUAACUAAAAAUGGCUGAAAAGAUCAAAGGAAAAGUCACACAAGUACCAUUUAGUAAGUACGUCCGUCUGUGUGUCCCCACUUCUUUCGUGUCCGGCUUGUAACUUUGUCAUACAUUGAGGGAUUUUUUGAGGGAUUUUGAAAUAACUUGGCAUAAAUGACUACCACAUCAAGAAGAUGCUUCGCGUCCAAGAAUUUCGUCCCUACCUCAAAGGUCAAGGUCACACAAUUACAUUUUAAAGUUUCACUUUAUCACAAUAAGAGUUUAUAGGUACACACAUUUGUGUCCGGAUUGUAACUUUGUCAUGCAUGGAAGGAUUUAAGAAUAACUUGGCAUUAAUGUCUACCACAUCAAGACGAUGUGUCUCAUCCAAUAAUCACGUACCUACCUCUAAGGUCAAGGUCACACUGCCAUUUUGAAGUUCACUUUAUCACAAUUAGAGUUUAUAGGUACACACAUUUGUGUCCGGACUGUAACUUUGUCAUGCAUCGAAGGAUUUUAAAAUAACUAGUCAUAAAUGUCUACCACAUCAAGACGACAUGUCGUGACUAAGACCCAUGUCCCUACCUUUAAGGUAAAGGUCACACUUCUAGUUUGAAUGUACUCAUUCUCUCGAGAAGAGUUUGAAGAUACCCAUUCAUGUCCGUACUGUAACUUUGUCAUGCAUGAAAGGAUUUUAAAAUAACUUGGCACAAAUGUCUACCACAUCAAGACAAUGUGUCACAGCUUAGGCUUAUGUCCGUCUGUCCAUGUGUCCCCACUUACACAACAGACUGUUAAACUUUGUCAUGCAUUGAGGGAUUUUGAAAUAACUUAGCACAAAUGUCUAUCUCUUAACAGCAUUCUAUCGCUUCCAGGAACAACGUCCCUUCUUCAAAGGUCAAGGUCACACUUAUAUUUUGAAGGUUCAUGCUCUCACAGGUACAAUUAUACAAAGAACAAUAUUAAGCAAUUAGUUACUUUAAUUCUCUUUUCUUUUCAUAAUACCUGCAUGCUUAAGAAACCUUUUUGGGGGCAUUCGUUACUUAGGUGACAGGUCUUGUUACACAUUCAACUCAAAUUUGGCAUAAUUUUAUGGAUACGUCAAAGGAAUGGGCAGGUAAAGUUCAUUAUCUCCCCAACAGUUGUACAUAUUCAACUCAAAUUUAAGAUAUCGAUAUGUCAUAAGAAUACACUGGUCAAGUUCGAAUUUGGUAAUGGUUUGAUGAUAGCUGACAGAGUUAUCCCUCUUUAACUUUGAAAAAGAUCAGAAAUUUUUAGUUUCUGUUCAUUAUCUCCACAAUGGUUGUACACAUUCAACUCAAAUUUGACAUAUAGAUUAAGAUACAUCUUAGGAAUAAGCGGUUCAAGUUUGAAUUUGGUCAUGGUUCAAUGAUUUUGGACAAAGUUAUCUCUCUUGAGUGUUGGAAAAAAUUUUGAAUUUUCAGUUUCAGCACUCAUACUUUUGAGGAAAUGUAUGUAGUCAUUAUUUUGGUACAAAUAUGAAAUAUGCAAUUUACAAAAGGUUAACACUGAAUGGUUUCAGUGCCUUGAACUUUGUAUAAAAAUGGUGUGUGUUAACAGUGAAUAGUUUUCUGGAUUUUGAACUUAAAAUGAAAAAAAGUUUGUGCAAACAAAUUUGGAACUAAAUAUUAUAACAUCUGUAAUUUAGGCUGCAUGCGGGGGCAUCUCUUGUUCUCUAGCACACAUUUCUUGUUCUUUCUAAGAUAAUAAAAAAAAUUGUCUAAAUAAGGCGUUAACAUGAACAUGUAGGUAAUUUACAAAAUAAUAUAUUCCUGUUGAUGAAAAUAAUAGUGACAAUUGGUGCUGAAUCUAAGUGAAAUUUUCAUAACAGUAGAACAAAAUGUGUUAUAUACCAAAAUGGCCGCAAAUGCAUCUUAUAUCAGGAAAUGGUGGCAUAUUUUUUCUUUAUGUGGUGUGGGCUGAGAAAUCCAAGAUGGCAUCCAAGAUGGCCGCCACUGUGAAUUUGUUUAUUGAAGGAAAUUUUAUAAGUCAUGUGCAGUUUUCUUAUCUACAAAUAUAUCAAUUAAUGAUUGCAUGUUUAUUACUUCUAUGAUCAAGUACUUUUAAUUAACAUAUUAAAGUAAUCAAUUCAAAGUCAAGGUCAUUUCAAGGUCAUUUGCAAAAAAUCUUGCUAAAAAGUUAUUUUAAUUAGAUAUUUUUUUUUUUUUAAAGUUAAAAUUAUUAACAACUUAACAUUAAACCCUGAGACAUAGAUGUUAUCUAUGUUUCUGAUCAAACCAGAUGUUAAAGUGAUAACUAAAGUGUACAGCAUUCAACAAUACCAAAAUAAUUUGCCUACAAGUGAUUUAGAUUCCAAAAUUUAACAUCAAUCAAGGUCACUUCCACUAUUUUUGUAUGUCCUGAAAGUGAAUGUCAAAUGUGGAAAUUUUAUAUAUAAUUUAUUAUCAAAAUUUUGUAUGGACAUACUUAUUUAAAAAUAAAACAUAAAACUAAUAUAGCAUAAAUAAUAUUAAAAACCAAGCCUUGUCAAGGCAAAGGUCAUAAAGGUCAAGGUCAUUUGAAGAAAAUGAUAGUUCACAAAAUCAAUAUACUGAUACUUAAAACAUUUCUUAAAGUAGCAAAAUAAGUAGCAAGAAAAAAAAUUCCCAUUGGACAGUGCAGUAUUUAUUUUCAUUUCCAAGGGUGUAAACAUUGUUUAAAAUAUUAUGUUAUUUUGCAAAUUGAUCAUAAACUGCCAACCAGCUUGUCUGUACUUCAGUAUUUUGAUUUGCAAUUUGAACAUAUUUUCAUUAGUUUUUGUUUAAGUUUUUUUUCAGUGUAAAUUAUGAUUACUUAUUAGAUUUCUAAAUUUAGCAAACAUUAAAAUGUUUUAUGAAAUUUUUAUUGUAUAUUUUAUUUGUUUGACUCUUGAAAUCUAAUAAGUGAUUAAAUGAAGAAAACAUUGCUGUAAUACAAACGUUUUUAGUCUUGUUUAUGGGUAUUAUACAUUUUCCCACAAAUUAUAUAUAUUUGGUCAAUUCAAAUGUAUUUGUUUACAAUGCUGAAAAACUACAUUGUAAAAAAACAUUUUCCUGGUACAUUGUCUAUUUUUAGCAUUUCAGGUAUAGCAUUUACAUGUAUAUACUUGUAGUUAAACAAGUUGCUGAUGGGAUAUAUAUGGGAGAAUAUAGCCUGAAUGAGAAAAAUAUUAUCCAAGGCACUAGGCCAAGGGUUAUGUUUAUGUCAGCAUCUUUUAUAUUCUCCCAUAUAUCCAGUCAGCAACUUUUACAUACAAUGAAUUUGUUAAUGACAACGACCCAGCAUUUAUAGACUGUUUUCAAAGAAGUAUGCAUGAGAAAAGGGCGUACAUGAUGGCGUCAGACGUUCAACGGCUAUACUUAUAGUAAUUCAAAUAAAAAGUCAUUAUAGUGUGUAACUUUCAAACUAUUUAUUUAGUGAUAACAUUUGAAUCUAUAAAUAUACCAUACUAAUGGGAUAAUUAAAUAUAUGCACACAUGUAGGUAACUACCUAACCUGUAGAAAUCUAGAAUCAUAUACAAAGUAUUUUCGAGAAAUUUAAUUUUGUAUAUAUUAUUUUUAGCUUGACUAUUCUAAGAAUAUGGAGAGCUAUUGUAGUCGCCCUGACUUCGGCGUCCGCAUGGCGUCUGCAUUGGUUAAAGUUUUUUGUAAAGUCAAAUAUCUCAAUUAUUGCUUGAGAUAUUCAAUUUAAACUUGCAAUACUUAUUUAUAGUAACAAUGUACAUCAGAUUGACAAGUUGGAUAACUCUGCCUACAAUAUUUACAGAAUUAUGCCCCUUUUUAACUUAAAAAUUUUGGUUAAAGUUUUUUGUAAAGUCAAAUAUCUCAAUUAUUGCUUGAGAUAUUCAAUUUAAACUUACAAUACUUAUUUAUAGUAACAAUUUAUAGUACAUCAGAUUGACAAGUUGGAUAACUCUGCCUACAAUAUUUACAGAAUUAUGCCCCUUUUUAUCCCCCGCCGAAAAGGCGGCGGGGGAUAUAGAAAUAGUCUCUGUCCGUCCGUCCGUUAAAAACAGGAGAGUAAUAAUGUGGCUACUCUUUUGUUCUCUCUAUUGUUCUUUUUAGCCACACAAAAGAAAAUAGCCACAUAAAAGCAUUACGGAAGGAAUGACAUCAAAGAGAAAACCUCUAGCCACAUAAUUACUGUCCUGUGAGUGCGGCUGACCUUCCGUCCGUCCUUCGUCCGUCUGACAUUUUUGUCCGGAGCAUAUCUCUAAAAGUAUUUGAGUAAUCAACUUGAAACUUCAUAGGUGGAUAGACCUCAUUGAGGAGGAGUGCAGUGCACAAGAAUGAUAACUCUACCCUGCAUAAUUUUUGAGUUAUUGCCCUUUGUUAUUUUUCAAAAUUAAUUUUUGUCCAGAGCAUAACUCAAAAAGCCUUUUAGAUAUCAAAAUGAAACUUCAUAGGUGCAUAGAUCUCACUCAGGAGGAGUGCAGUGCACAAGAAUGAUAACUCUACCUUUCAUAAUUUUAGAGUUAUUGCCCUUUGUUAUUUUUCAUACCUAAUUUUUCACCCGAGUGGAGCAUAACUCAAAAGUGUUUGAGAUGUCAACAUGAAAUGUCAUAGGUGGAUAGAUUUUUUUGAGGAGGAAUGCUGUGCACAAGAAUGAUAACUCUUCCCUGUAAAAUUUUUGAGUUAUUGCCCUUUGUUCUUUUUCAUACUAUUUUGUCCGGAGCUUAUCUCAAAAAGUAUUUGAGGUAUCAACUUGAAACUUCAUAGGUGGAUGGAUCUCAUUGAGGAAGAGUGCAAUGCACAAGAAUGAUAACUCUACCCUGCAUAAUUGUUUAGUUAUUGCCCUUUUUUUAUUUUUCAAAAUUAAUUUUGUCCAGAGCAUAACUCAAAAGGCCUUUGAGAUAUCAUUAUGAAACUUCAUAGGUGCAUAGAUCUAACUCAGGAGGUGUGCAGUGCACAAGAAUGAUAACUCUACCUUUUAUAAUUUUUGAGUUAUUGCCCUUUGUUAUUUUUCAUACUUAAUUUUUCAAUUCAAUUUUUUUCUCAAUAAGUAUUUGAGGUAUCAACUUGAAACUUCAUAGGUGGAUAGAUUUUACUGAGGAGGGAUGCAGCACACAAGAAUGAUAACCUACCCUGCAUUAUUUUUCAGUUAUUGCCCUUUGUUAUUUUCAGCCAUCAGUAUUCACAUAGGUUUCAAAUCUGUAAUCACUAUAGCCAUCAGUUUUCAUUACCAAAAGACCUCUUAAAAUGGAAUUAUUCUGCUGUACUACAUAUACAUUCUUCUAAUGAGCAAACACAUUCGGCGGGGGAUGGCCAUGUUGACAUGGCUCUUGUUAACUUAGAAAUUUUGGUUAAAGUUUUUUGUAAAGUCAAAUAUCUCAAUUAUUGCUAGAGAUCAAUUGAAAUUUACAAUACUUUUUUUAUAGUAACAAUGUACAUCAGUUUGCAAAGUUACAUAACUCUGCCUGCAAUAUUUGCAGAAUUAUUUGCCCCUUUGAAACUUAGAAAUUUUGGUUAAAGGUUAAAGGGGGGCUUCCGUGGCUGAGUGGUUAAGGUCGUUGACUUCAAACCACUUGCCCCUCUACUGUGGUUUGAAUUACGACAGGGACUUUGGAUUCUUUUAUGUGAGGAAGCUAUCCAGCUAGCUUACGGAAUGUCGGUGGUUCUACUCAGGUGCCCGUUCCUGCCUGAAAAAAUGCACUGAGGGGCACCUGAGGUCUUCCUCCACCAGUAAAGCUGGAACGUCGCCAAAUGACCUAUACUGUGUCGGUGUGACGUAAAACCCAAAUAAAAAAAAUAAAUAAAUAAAUAAAAUAAAGGUGAAAUGUCUUCAAAAAUAUUUACUUGAAACUUUACACUUAUGGUUAUAAUUGAAGGUCACAUCUCAAGAUUCAUUACUCUGCCAUGUAUUUUGACUGAAUUAUGCUCCCUUUUGUACUAAAAAAAAUCUCCUUUUCUUGGUUAAGUUUAACCUGCAAGUUUUGCAUAUCUCUGAAACUAUUAAAGAUACAAACUUGAAACUUCAUAUGUAUAUAUCUGUGUCAUGUAUUUAGGCUGAUUUAUCUCCCCCCUUUUUAUAUGCCCGACAGAAUUUCGGACAUAUUAUGUUAUACCCCCUGGCGUCCGUCUGUCUGUCCGUCAGUUAGCAAUUUGGUUUCCGGAGCAUAACUUAAGUUCCAUUUGGCCCACAGUUUUCAAACUUCAUAGAAUGAUUGCCCAUAUUGGGUAGAAGACCCCUAUUGAUUUAGGGGUCACAAGGUCAAAGGUCAAGGUCACUAUUACUGUAAAACUGAAAAUGGUUUCCGCAGCAUAACUUAAGUUCCAUUUGGUCCACUGUAUUCAAACUUCAUAGGAUGAUUGUCCAUAUUGGGUAGAAGACCCCUAUUGAUUCUCGGGUCACAAGGUCAAAGGUCACGGUCACUAUUAGCUUAAUACUGAAAAUGGUUUCCGGAGCAUAACUUAAGUUCCAUUUGGCCCACAGUAUUCAAACUUCAUAGGAUGAUUUUCCAUAUUGGGUAGAAGUCCCCUAUUGAUUUUGGGGUCACAAAGUCAAAGGUCAAGGUCACUAUUACCCUAAAACUGAAAAUGGUUUCCGCAGCAUAACUUAAGUUCCAUUUGGUCCACAGUAUUCAAACUUCAUAGGAUGAUUGUCCAUAUUGGGUAGAAGACCCCUAUUGAUUUUGGGUUCACAAGGUCAAAGAUCAAGGUUACUAUUAGCUUAAUACUGAAAAUGGUUUCCGGAGCAUAACUUAAGUUCAUUUGGCCGACAGUUUUCAAACUUCAUAGGAUGAUUGUCCAUAUUGGGUAGAAGACCCCUAUUGAUUUUGGGGUCACAAGGUCACAGUCACUAUUAGCUUAAUACUGAAAAUGGUUUACGGAGCAUAACUUAAGUUCCAUUUGGCCCACAGUAUUCAAACUUCAUAGGAUGUUUGUCCAUAUUGGGUAGAAGACCCCUAUUGAUUUAGGGUUCAUAAGGUCAAAGAUCAAGGUUACUAUCACCUUUAAACUGGAAACAGUUUUUGCUCAAUAAUUCAAGCAUUAAUCAACCUACAGCUAAAGUACUUUCGGGCAUAUAAUGCCCCGCCUAGCGGUGCUCUUGUUUUCUUAGUCUCUUGGUUAAUGUUUACAUGUAAGUUUUACAUGUCUCAAUAACUAUCAGAGAUUUUGAUUUGAAACUUCAUAUAUGCAUGAAGGGUCAUAAUUGUAUGUCACUGACAAAGUUCCAUAUCUCUAUCUUGCAUUUAGGCUGAUUUAUCUCCCCUUUUCUACUUAGUCUCUUGGUUAAUGUUUACAUGCAAGUUUUACAUAUCUCAAUAACUAUUAAAGAUAUUUAUUUAAAACUUCACAUAUGCAUUUAGGGUCAUAAUUGUAGGUCACUGACCAAGAUCCAUAACUCUAUCUUGCAUUUAGGCUGAUUUUUCUCCCCUUUUUCAACUUAGAAAUUCAUGGUAAAGUUUUGCUUGUAAGCUGUUAUCUCCAUAACUACUGAAGGGUUUGUGCCUUUUUUGGGACAAUUUUAUGCAUUCAUAAGAAUAAAGCAGUGAUUUACUUGAUAAAACAUCUUAAUAACAAGCCUUUGUACCUUUUCCAUCAAUUUUUUGUAUUCAUAGGUAAGCAUUAUUAUACUCAAUAAAACACCCUUGUGAUAACUUUUUCUAAUAGUCAAGCCUUAUUGUCCUCCGACAGUUCUUGUUUGAUAAAGGAAUGCUAUUUUUAUGAAAUAAUUAAUUUGGAAAAUCUGAGUAUGAUAAUACUUCUUAUAUCCAAAGCAGGGCUAUCAUUUUUGUGUCGCCUUCAAAAGACGACAUAUAGGGGUUACUUUUGUCGGCGGCGGCGUUGGCGUCCCCUUAUUAGCUUGUCCGGAGCAUAAGUCAGUCAUUAUAUUUUCACCAAAUUUUGUAUGUAGCAUUCUUGGAUAGUCUUUUAUCAAAUUUGCUCAUAUUAAUUUGAUUAGCACCUUUUAGGGGCCGCUGAAGCUAAAUAUAGAAAUACCUUUAGACGUCUCCUGCAGAACUAAUUGAUAGAUGUUCACCAAAUUUUGUCUGUACUGGGGUCAACACAGCUAAAAAUAGAAAAACCUUUAAACAUCUUCUUCUACAGAACUAAUAAAUGGAUGAUCACUCAACUUUGUCUGUAGCAUUCUUAGGUAGUCUUUUAUCAAGUUUCCUCAUAUUAAUUUGAUUGGCCCCUUUUAGGGGCCGCUAAAGCUAAAAAUAGAAAUACCUUAAAAUGUCUAUUUCUACAGAGUUAAUUGAUGGAUGAUCACCAAACUUUGUCUGUAGCAUUUGUAGGUAGUCUUUUAAACAAGUUUGCUCAUAUUACAUGUACUUUGAUUGGCCCCUUUUAGGGGUCUCUAGAGCUAAAAAUAGAAAAAACCUUUAGACAACUCCUACAGAACUAAUUGAUGGAUGAUCACCAAAGUUUGUCUGUAGCAUUCUUGGGUAGUCUUUUAUCAAGUUUGCUCAUAUUAAUUUGAUUGGCACCUUUUAGGGGCCGCUGAAGCUAAAUAUAGAAAUACCUUUAGACGUCUCCUGCAAAACUAAUUUAUAGAUGCUCACCAAAUUUUGUCUGUAGCAUUCUUAGGUAGUCUUGUAUCAAAUUUGCUCAUAUUAAUUUGAUUGGCCCCUUUUAGAGGCCAACAGAGCUAAAAAUAGAAAUACCUUUAAAGUAUCUACGGAACUAAUAAAUGGAUGAUCACCAAAUUUUGUUUGUAGCAUUCUUAGGUAGACUAAGGUAGUCCUUUAUCAAGUUUGCUCAUAUUAAUUUGAUUGGCCCCUUUUAGGGGCCGCUAAAGCUAAUAAUAGAAAUACCUUUAAAGUCUCCUUCUUCAGAACUAAUGCAUGGAUAAUCACCAAAUUUUGUUUGUAGCAUUCUUAGGUAGUCCUUUAUCAAGUUUGCUCAUAUUAAUUGAUUUGCCCCUUUUAGGGGCCACUAAAGCUAAAAAUAGAAAAACCUUUGAACAUCAUUCUCCUACUGAAAUAAUUGAUGGCUGAUCACCAAACCUUGUCACUAAUCUUAGGUAGUCUUUUAUCAAGUUUCCCUCACCGCUGUUGGUUUCUAUCAUGUGAGGAAGCUAUCCAGCUAGCUUACAAGAACGUCGAUGGUUCUACUCAGGUGCACGUUCGUGCGAAAUAAUGCACGGAAGGGCACCAGUGUGGUCUUCCUCCACCAGUAAAACUGGAACGGAGGGAUAUGAUCUAUACUGCGUAGAUGUGACAUAAAACCCAAAACAAACAAAUUAUCAAGUUUACUCAUAUUAAUUUGAUUGGCCCUGUUUAAGCUAAAGCUAAAAAUAAAUGCCCCAGGUCAUGGCAUUUCUUCAAAUUAUUGUUUAAAGAUAUUCUAUGAUUAAAUUUACUAUUAGAAAAUAUUGACAAUGGAUAAUUUUCAACACUGAAAAGCAGUUGUUUCUGGUGAGCGACUCAGGGCCAUCAUGGCCCACUUGUUUAUAAAAAUUGUUCCGAAAAAUAUUAGAAGAUGUGUGGAUUUGUGGGGAGUUUAAAAAAUGCAUACUAUCUUGAUAAAUUGUAUUGAUAUGAGCCGCGUCAUGAUAAAACCAACAUAAUGCGUUUGCGAGCAGCAUGGAUCCAGACCAGCCUGCGCAUCCGCGCAGUCUGAUCAGGAUCCAUGCUGUUCGCUUACAAACCCUAUUACAAGUAAAGAAACUGAUAGCGAACAUCAGACUGCGCGGAUGCGCAGGCUGGUCUGGAUCCAUGCUGGUCGCAAAGCCACUAUGUUGGUUUUGUCGUGACACGGCUCAAUUUUAUUAUGUUCACUAACUAGGGGAGAUAGUGUAUAAGUGCUGGAUAGCUCAGUGGGUAAAGUCACGGUAUGGUAUUUUUUCAAGGUAAAGUAAAACAAUUAAACUUGAAAAUUUCAGUCUAGACUGUGAUACCUGAAAAUAGUGUGUAAGAAAGGUGGAAGUCAGAUAACUUCAUGUUAGUGAAAAGGUUGGAAAAUGUGUAAAAAUAUCUGCUUUUUGCUACUAUGGUAACAAAAAUGAACAUAACCUUGCUGUAAACGAUUUAUUAUAUGACAAGUUACUCAAUAAUUUGAAAAGAGA